AUGGGUCGUUGGACGCAGUAUGAUGAAGAUGAUUAUCGUCUUCCAGAUGGAAUGAAGCGUGUGGGAUACGACUCUGACACUGGGAAGUACUACUUUCGUGACAGAGAUGGCUCACUUUGGGAAGGUUCAGAGUACGGUGAGAUGCAACGAGGUACGAAUAAUAACGAUGUCGAAAUUGGGCCAGACGGAUACAUUCCCCUGGCCGAGGACGCUGAUCAGCCCCCUCGGCCCAAACUCAGUUCCAAUGAUAGCCCAUAUCGGAUGCUUUUUCCCUUUUUCUUGAUCGUCAUCGUCGUCUUGCUCCUGGUGUGGAGGCUCAUCGUUGCUCCAGCAAACUCACGUCCUGUGCUGACCUGUCCGGAGCAUAGCACAUCGUCGGUGAUUGUUUUUGGCGACACCUGUUGGGCCAUUGCGCAAGCGCACGGCUGUGUGGUCGACGACAUUCUACGGUUGAACCCGAAGCUGAAUUGCGACGUGUUGAGGCCUGGAGCGAGGAUCUGCAUACCAUCGGGGCAGUGA